AUGUUCGAUCUCAAGACGAAGAUUAUGGUCGGCAUCGCUAGCAGCUUACUGAUUGCUGCAAUUGUGCUGAUAAGCGUCGUCUUCUGUCUUUACUUCAAAGUAUCCAAGGCACUGAAAUGUGCAAAGGAAUACAGUACUUCACAUCUACCCUAUAACAAUCCAACCAAGGUCACUCAGGCAAAGGUCAUUCCAGCCAGAGUCAUCACCACUGACCCUUGUCGGCCCAUCCAGUGCUGUGAGGAAUGCACCAUGUAUGCAGAUGUGGACACCCUGCCACCUUGCUUUUGUAACCCUAACGAGGGACUCUGA